AUGUUGCCCCGUGCCUGCGGCCUCCGGGUGGGUCCGCGGAGGUGCCUGUGGCGCGGAGCAGCUCACCUUCUCGCAGAGGCUCUUGACCUGCGACUCCGACAGCUGCUUGCACUCGUUCAGCUGCUCAAUCCACUGGUCCAGCUCCUUGGUGAACAACUUCUCGUCCAUGAUGCCGCCCGCCCGCACCGGCUGCCCCUCCGCGCUGCUCCCGCGCCGCCGCCCGCAACCGGGCCACAGGCACACGCCGCCGCCGCGUCCCGGGGUACUUCCUAUGGCCCGCGCGGCUCCUGGGCGCUGGCGCCGGUCCGCUGGCUGACUCCGCAGUGCUCGGCCACCGGCCGCUGUGCCUCCUCCUCCGCUCGCCCUAGCUCCCCAGCUCGGCUUUCUGUAAUGGCGGCCGCCCGGCGUGGUGACGUCACGCCGACGUCAGGCGGCAGCCCGGAGGGGAGCGGAGCCCAGACGCGAGCGGCGCGCGCCGGGGCCUGUGCGCAUGCGCGGUGCAGCUGCCUGCCGACCUGUGCCUUCGCUUUUGGGGCGUGGUCCUCGCUGAAGAGGGACUGCCUGGACCGGGAAAAAUCAAGUCCAGCGAGCUCGGAGGUCGAAAUCGCACGCCCAGCUGGUCUGGCCGGGUGCUCCGCGAGGCGCCUGCGCGGAGUGUGCGCAAGCGCCGUGGGUCAGGGGGGGUGCUUCCCUGCUCCCGGGACCGCGUUCCUCCCUACGGCCGCCUAGGGACCGCGCCUCCGCUCUCGCCUGGGCCCGCGGCCGCGUCCCUGGAAGGAGGCGCACAGCCCUGUGACCCUACCAGAGUCCGGCCGCGCCUGGAAAGGCAGGGCUCCCGUAUUUGGGGCAGGCUGCUCGGAGUGA